GCCUGUGAGAUUAACGCAACCAAAGAACCAAUUUUCAGAUUCUCCAGAAUUCCCCUCGCUCGAUGUCAAGAACCUGUCGAUCUUAAUUUCUAGAUAUUGUUAGGGUUUAAUUUUGUUGGCAGAUAAUCAGAGAAUGGUUAAAUCAGAGAAUCCAAAGAGGAGGGUGGCAUUUGUGCUAAUUGAUGGAUUGGGAGAUGUUUCUCUGCCAAGGUUUGGUUACAAAACCCCUUUGCAAGUUGCCAAUAUACCAAACAUGGAUGCCAUUGCUUCUGCGGGAAUCAACGGCUUAAUGGACCCUGUCGAAGUGGGAUUGGCUUGUGGAAGUGACACAGCACACCUUUCUCUAUUAGGCUAUGAUCCGAGAGUGUAUUACCGUGGGCGAGGUGCGUUUGAAUCAAUGGGCGCCGGGCUGGCAAUGUCUCCUGGAGAUAUUGCAUUUAAAUCAAACUUUGCAACCCUUGAUGAGGAAAGUGGAGUAGUUACCAGCAGGAGGGCUGAUCGGCAUUUUGAGGAAGAAGGGCCCGUUCUUUGUGCAGCAUUGGAUGGAUUGAAGCUGCCUCAUUUUCCUCAAUACGAAGUUCGAGUUAGAUAUGCAACUGAGCAUAGAUGCGGCGUGGUUGUUAAGGGCCCGAAAUUAAGUGGGAACAUUUCAGGAACAGACCCGUUGAAGGAUAAUCGCCUGUUAUUAGAAGCUAAACCACUGGAUGAUUCCGAGGAAGCGGAGAACACAGCUGCAGUUGUCAACGAGUUAUCAAAGGAGAUAUCUCGCAUAUUGGUUGCGCAUCCAUUGAACACUAAACGAGCCGCGGAGGGGAAGAAUAUUGCUAAUGUAGUCCUUCUACGAGGCUGUGGCAUUCGAAUUGAGGUUCCUCAUUUUGAAGAGAUACACGGUCUAUGGCCGUGUAUGGUUGCUCCUACUAAAAUCAUUGCCGGAUUGGGUUUAUCUCUCGGCAUUGAUAUCCUGCAAGCUCCGGGGGCGACUGGGGACUACCGAACCCUGUUGACAUCGAAAGCAACGGCAAUAGCCAAAGCACUCUCGGCUCCUUACAAUCCAUGCCCGAAUGUAUUUGUGCCUGGGGAAGAUGAACAUAAGCCCGGCCGGUCAGAUGGAUAUGAUUUCGGGUUCCUUCACAUCAAGGCAAUCGACGAUGCAGGUCACGACAAAGCGACCGUAUUCAAAGUUCGAGGACUCGAAGCCGUCGACCGUGCCGUCGGGCAGCUUGCGAAGCAGCUGUGGCAGGCGGAGGAAGCGUCGGGGGGAGCGUAUCGGUACUACAUAUGCAUCACCGGCGAUCACUCGACUCCCGUCGAGUAUGGCGACCACAGCUUCGAACCGGUCCCGUUUUCGUUGUGCCGUCUCGAAGAUUUCGUGGGCGCCGCCGGCGGGGGAUCCCGAGUGAUGGAAACUUCCCUCGACCCGUUCCCGCUUCCGGCCGUCGAACCGGGUGAGGAUUUGGCGUGCGAUCCUCCGAGCCGACAGGGUGGCGGCGGAAGUUGCCGGCGGGCUUAUGCCGGCGACAACAUCUCGGAGUUCGAUGAGACGGCUGCGGCGAGAGGGCUGCUCGGACGAUUUCCCGGCGGGGAAAUGAUGGGAAUCAUCAAAGCUUUUGUGAAGCUCUGAGUGUAGAAUCUGCUUCGCGCCAUAGGCUUCUGGAAAUGGAGCUGCAGGUAGGUUUUAGAUUCAUCUUUGGCUGCCAUAGUGACGAUGAAAGAAGAAGAAGAAGAAGAAGAAGAAGUACUCUUGAUCUAAUUUUAUUUAUGGCUAUGGGAAGGAAUGUUUUGGAUUUCUAAGUAUUUGAAAUGAUAAACGUUGAUUUUAUAGAUUGCAUUUAAAUAAAAAUUGGUAUGGUAUAUUAAAAUAUAGUAUAGAUAUUUGUAUUCUAGUAAAAAUA